CUUGAGAAAGGAGGCAGUAUACCAUACGGUAGCUAAACAAAAUCAUUUAGCGCGAAGCCAAGGGGAAAUAAAUACUCAGUCUGAACUCUGAAAUCAGAACCCUCUAUUUUGCAAUCGAAAGAAGAAGAAGAAGCUAAUCACGGGAUAAAAAUAUGGUGAAGGUGCGAAUGAACACGGCCGAUGUGGCCGCAGAAGUCAAAUGCUUGCGUAGAUUAAUUGGAAUGCGUUGCUCUAAUGUCUACGAUCUCUCUCCCAAGACAUAUGUAUUCAAGCUGAUGAAUAGCAGUGGAGUUACAGAAUCAGGAGAGAGUGAGAAGGUUUUGCUCUUGAUGGAGAGUGGUGUCCGCUUGCAUACCACUGCUUAUGUUCGUGACAAAAGUAAUACACCUUCUGGUUUUACCUUAAAGUUACGCAAGCAUAUACGUACUAGAAGGCUUGAGGAUGUGCGACAACUCGGUUAUGAUAGGAUUGUUCUCUUUCAAUUUGGACUUGGUGCUAAUGCACAUUAUGUUAUACUGGAGUUGUAUGCGCAAGGAAAUAUUUUGCUUACUGAUCCUGAUUUCACAGUUUUGACUCUUCUUCGCUCUCAUAGGGAUGAUGAUAAAGGGUUGGCCAUUAUGUCGAGGCAUCGUUACCCUACUGAAAUUUGCCGAGUUUUUGAGCGAACGACUGCUGAGAAAUUGGUUGAAGCGCUUACAUCAUUUAAAGAGCCGGAAACUAGUGAACCUGUUAAUGAUGGUGAAAAAAAUGUGUCAGAUAAACCAAAAAAAGAGAAUCAGGGUAAAAACAAAGGUGGUAAAUCAUCUGAGAAUCGUACUAAACAAACCACGUUGAAGAAUGUUCUUGGAGAGGCAUUGGGUUAUGGUCCAGCACUUUCUGAGCAUAUCAUACUGGAUGCUGGUUUGGUGCCGAGUACAAAAUUUUCUAUAAGUGAUAGACUAGAUGAUGAUACUAUACAGGUUUUGGUCCAAGCUGUUGCCAAAUUUGAAGAUUGGCUCCAGGAUAUUAUUUCAGGAGAUAAAGUUCCUGAAGGUUACAUAUUGAUGCAGAAUAAGAAUUUGGGCAAGGACCACACAAUAUCUUCAUCUGGAAGCACUUCCAAGAUCUAUGAUGAAUUUUGCCCCAUAUUACUGAACCAAUUCAGAAUGAGGGAACAUGAAAAAUUUGAUACAUUUGAUGCAUCAUUAGAUGAGUUCUAUAGCAAAAUUGAGAGCCAGAGGUCAGAGCAGCAACAAAAAGCAAAAGAGGACUCUGCCAUUCAGAAACUAAAUAAGAUACGACUGGAUCAGGAAAAUCGUGUGCUAACAUUGAGAAAAGAAGUAGAUCACUCUGUCAGAAUAGCAGAAUUGAUAGAGUACAACUUAGAGGAUGUGGAGGCUGCUAUAUUAGCUGUUCGUGUAGCUCUUGCAAAGGGAAUGAGUUGGGAAGAUCUUGCGCGAAUGGUGAAGGAAGAGAAAAAGAUGGGAAACCCUGUGGCUGGCCUAAUUGACAAACUAUAUCUUGAAAGGAACUGCAUGACAUUAUUGCUGAGCAACAAUCUUGAUGACAUGGAUGAUGAUGAAAAGACGUUCCCAGCGGACAAGGUUGAAGUUAAUAUUGCACUUUCCGCACAUGCUAAUGCUCGGAGGUGGUAUGAAAUGAAGAAGAAACAAGAAAACAAGCAGGAAAAGACUGUUACAGCCCAUGAAAAAGCUUUUAAAGCAGCUGAGAGAAAGACUCGUCUCCAGCUUUUACAGGAAAAAUCUGUUGCUUCUCUAAUGCAUAUUCGCAAACUUCACUGGUUUGAGAAAUUUAAUUGGUUUAUCAGCAGUGAGAAUUAUUUGGUUAUUAGUGGACGUGAUGCUCAACAAAAUGAGAUGAUUGUAAAGCGAUAUAUGUCAAAAGGAGACUUGUAUGUCCAUGCAGACCUACAUGGAGCUUCUAGUACUCUGAUCAAGAAUCACAGGUCCGAACAACCCAUACCUCCUCUUACUUUAAACCAGGCUGGAUGUUAUACGGUUUGCCAAAGCCAGGCAUGGGAUUCGAAGAUGGUUACUAGUGCAUGGUGGGUGUACCCUCACCAGGUCAGCAAAACUGCUCCUACAGGGGAGUAUCUCACAGUUGGAAGUUUCAUGAUUCGUGGGAAAAAGAACUUUCUUCCUCCACAUCCUCUUAUAAUGGGCUUUGGCUUGUUAUUUCGAUUGGAUGAGAGCUCUCUGGGAUCACACUUGAAUGAAAGGAGGGUACGAGGUGAGGAAGAAGGGAUGGAUGAUUUUGAAGAAAGUGAACCUCUCCAAGAAGUUUCUGAUUCUGAAUCAGAGAAGGAAGAAAGAGGAAAAGAACCCGUGUUGGAAACCAAAAGUACUACUGACUUGACUCUUGGCAACUGUGAAAUUGCUGAUUCAAAUGAAUUACUUCAAAGUACUGAAAACGUUGGGGUCUACCAAUCUGAUGUUGGAAAUUAUGCUGCUUCUGUUACCCCACAACUUGAAGACCUCAUUGAUAGAGCCCUUGAGUUAGGACCUGCUACCUUAUCGCAGAAAAAGUAUGGACUUGAAACAUCUCAGGUUGAUUCGUCCAAGGAACAUGAUCAGAAGGAAAAGAAAGCAGCAGUUAGAGAUAAACCUCAUAUUUCAAAAGCUGAAAGAAGAAAGCUCAAGAAAGGUCAGAAAGAUGAUUUGGCAGAUGAAAAUAUUGAGCGAGAAAAAGGAGUAAAAGAAAAUAACGCUUCUGUCAGUCAACCUGAAGAGAGUAGUCAAAGUAAUAAGGUUGGGAGUGGAAAAAUUAGUCGUGGGCAGAAGAGUAAACUUAAGAAGAUGAAGGAGAAGUAUGCUAAUCAAGAUGAAGAAGAAAGGAGCAUUCGGAUGGCUUUACUGGCAUCAGCUGGCAAUACACGCAAGAAAGAUGGAGAUGCACAAACUGGAAGUGAAGCUACUGGGAAAGCAUUAACCGGCGAAGGGAAGACACCUGUUCCAAGUCCUGAAGAUGCUUUAAAACUAAAAAUAUGUUAUAAGUGCAAAAAGCCUGGGCACUUGUCUGUAGAUUGCCCUGAACAUCCAGAUGCCAGCUUACGUAAUCUAGCAAACGGUGGACCUGCCGAUAGCUCUCGUGUGGACUUGGGUUAUAUGGAUUCGGAAGCAGAUAGGGUAGCCAUGAAGGAAGAUGACAUCCAUGAGAUUGGCGAAGAAGACAAAGAGAAGUUAAAUGACGUGGACUACUUGACCGGAAAGCCCCUGGCAAGUGACAUUCUGUUGUAUGCUGUGCCUGUCUGUGGUCCUUACAGUGCAGUCCAGUCUUACAAGUACCGUGUGAAGUUAGUGCCCGGCACCGCAAAGAAAGGAAAAGCUGCAAAAAUGGCCAUGAACCUAUUUAGUCACAUGCCCGAAGCAACUAGUAGAGAGAAGGAAUUAACAAAAGCAUGUACAGAGCAUGAGCUAGUAGCUGCCAUUAUUGGCAAUGUCAAAAUUACCGCUGCUGGUCUCACACAAUUGAAGCAGAAGCAAAAGAAAGGCAAGAAAAUCAACAAAAAGAAGGCUUAAGAUGUCUAAGGUUAGAAAAUUUGUAAUACAAAAAUAUUGUAUCCCUGCUUGUUCUUACAAGAGUUUUAGGAUAUCAAAUUUUGUUAAAUACAGUUUCAACAGCGCAAAUAUUACAAUUUUUCCGCA